CUCGUCCCCUCAGUUUCGAACGAGGUGCCGGAGCACCCGUGUGUUUCUCCGGUCUCCAAUCACGUGUUUGAACGCCGUCUGAUCGAGAAGUACAUCGCGGAGAACGGGACAGAUCCCAUCAACGGGCAGCCCCUGUCCGAGGACCAGCUCAUCGAUAUCAAAGCCAGCCACCCCAUCAGACCAAAGCCGCCAUCGGCCACCAGCAUUCCGGCAAUCCUCAAGGCUUUACAGGAUGAGUGGGACGCAGUCAUGCUGCACAGCUUCACCCUUCGACAACAGCUGCAGACCACACGCCAGGAGCUGUCGCACGCCCUCUACCAGCACGAUGCUGCCUGCAGAGUCAUCGCUCGCCUGACCAAGGAGGUGACGGCCGCUCGAGAAGCUCUGGCCACGCUGAAGCCACAGGCUGGUUUGGCUGUUCCUCAGGCGGCGCCGGUGACUCCUGCCGCGCCACCGGGAGCAGGAGAACCCAUGGAUGUCGGUGAACAGGUUGGAAUGACUCCAGAGAUCAUUCAGAAGCUUCAAGAUAAGGCUACUGUGCUGACCACUGAACGUAAGAAGCGAGGCAAGACUGUCCCUGAGGAGUUGGUGAGAGGUGAGGACCUCAGCAAGUACAGGCAGGUGGCCUCCCACGUGGGUCUUCACAGCGCCAGCGUCCCCGGCAUCCUGGCCCUUGACCUUUGCCCUUCGGACACGGCCAAGGUUCUGACGGGUGGUGCGGACAAGAACGUGGUCGUCUUCGACAAGAACUCGGAGCAGAUCCUGGCCACCCUCAAGGGUCACGGCAAGAAGGUGACGAGCGUGGUGUUCCACCCCAGCGAGAACAUCGUCUUCUCAGCCUCCCCCGACACAACCAUCCGCAUCUGGUCUGUCUCUGCCACAUCCUGCGUCCAGGUGGUCCGAGCCCACGAGGGAGCUGUCACCGGCCUCAGUCUCCACGCCACGGGUGACUACCUGCUGAGUGCAUCUGAUGACCAGUACUGGGCAUUCUCUGACAUCCGUACAGGUCGUGUGCUGACCAAGGUCACAGAUGAAGCGGCUGGAUGUGCCCUGACCUGUGCCCAGUUCCACCCUGAUGGCCUCAUCUUUGGCACGGGCACCAUUGACUCGCAGAUCAAGAUCUGGGACCUGAAGGAACGGACCAACGUCGCCAACUUCCCCGGCCACUCGGGCCCCAUCACGAGCAUCGCGUUCUCUGAGAACGGCUACUACCUCGCCACGGCAGCUGACGACUCUCAAGUGAAGCUCUGGGACUUGCGCAAGCUCAAGAACUUCAAGACCAUCCAGCUAGACGAUCACUACGAGGUGAAGUGCCUGACCUUUGACCAGAGCGGCACCUACCUGGCUGUAGGGGGCACGGAUAUUCGGGUGUACGUGUGUAAGCAAUGGGCAGAGGUGCUACACUUCACAGAACACAGCGGACAGACCACGGGUGUGUCGUUCGGUGAACACUCACGAUUCCUUGCGUCCAGCAGCAUGGACCGUAGCCUCAAGCUUUACAGCCAGUAGCUGUUCCAUUCUCUUAGUAAGCUGUUCACGUGUCUCGCCCUCGCUCAGUAACCCUGACACCUCAGACUCUCCCCUCGCUCAGUAACCCUGACACCUCAGACUCUCCCCUCGCUCAGUAACCCUGACACCUCAGACUCUCCCCUCCUCGCUCAGUAACCCUGACACCUCAGACUCUCCCCUCGCUCAGUAACCCUGACACCUCAGACUCUCCCCUCCUCGCUCAGUAACCCUGACACCUCAGACUCUCCCCUCGCUCAGUAACCCUGACACCUCAGACUCUCCCCUCGCUCAGUAACCCUGACACCUCAGACUCUCCCCUCCUCGCUCAGUAACCCUGACACCUCAGACUCUCCCCUCCUCGCUCAGUAACCCUGACACCUCAGACUCUCCCCUCGCUCAGUAACCCUGACACCUCAGACUCUCCCCUCCUCGCUCAGUAACCCUGACACCUCAGACUCUCCCCUCGCUCAGUAACCCUGACACCUCAGACUCUCCCCUCGCUCAGUAACCCUGACACCUCAGACUCUCCCCCCCUCGCUCAGUAACCCUGACACCUCAGACUCUCCCCCUCCUCGCUCAGUAACCCUGACACCUCAGACUCUCCCCUCCUUGCUCAGUAACCCUGACACCUCAGACUCUCCCCUCGCUCAGUAACCCUGACACCUCAGACUCUCCCCUCCUCGCUCAGUAACCCUGACACCUCAGACUCUCCCCUCGCUCAGUAACCCUGACACCUCAGACUCUCCCCUCCUCGCUCAGUAACCCUGACACCUCAGACUCUCCCCUCGCUCAGUAACCCUGACACCUCAGACUCUCCCCUCCUCGCUCAGUAACCCUGACACCUCAGACUCUCCCCUCGCUCAGUAACCCUGACACCUCAGACUCUCCCCUCCUCGCUCAGUAACCCUGACACCUCAGACUCUCCCCUCCUCGCUCAGUAACCCUGACACCUCAGACUCUCCCCUCCUCGCUCAGUAACCCUGACACCUCAGACUCUCCCCUCCUCGCUCAGUAACCCUGACACCUCAGACUCUCCCCUCCUCGCUCAGUAACCCUGACACCUCAGACUCUCCCCUCCUUGCUCAGUAACCCUGACACCUCAGACUCUCCCCUCGCUCAGUAACCCUGACACCUCAGACUCUCCCCUCCUCGCUCAGUAACCCUGACACCUCAGACUCUCCCCUCCUCGUUCAGUAACCCUGACACCUCAGACUCUCCCCUCCUCGCUCAGUAACCCUGACACCUCAGACUCUCCCCUCGCUCAGUAACCCUGACACCUCAGACUCUCCCCUCCUCGCUCAGUAACCCUGACACCUCAGACUCUCCCCUCGCUCAGUAACCCUGACACCUCAGACUCUCCCCUCCUC